AGUGAUACACCGAGUGAGAUGAGAGUGGUAGUUGAUAGGUCAUGUGAGGCCAUUUCGAAUUCUAACAACUUACCCUCUACCUCUAGUGUGUUUCCUUGUGUCUUAUUAGGUCCCAUGGAUGACGAGACGCCGAUCAUGGAGAAGAUGUACAUGGUGCAUGAAGAUGAUGAUAUCACACCAUGCUUGAUUGAAGAUGAACAUGGAUGCCACAUCGAGCCUACCACUUCCACAACACCUACCUCAUAUGAGCGGAACUACAAAGGUACCUAUAUGGGUGUUGAUGAUGCCAUGAUCCCACUAGUGGACAUGAUGAUUUAUGAGUGCUUGCAUGAGUUGGAUGAUCCUAUUGCUAUGUCAUAUGCUUCUUUCACUUUCCCUUGUGAUACUUGUGAUACCACCAUUGUUGAUCAUGUGGAAAUAGUUGCUUGUGACAAUUUGACCAUGCCAUGCUAUGAUACAAACUUGAACAUGUUUUGUGCUACAUGCUUGCAAUAUUCUCCCAUUAGUGCAACCAAAAUGUUGAAUACUUUCUCUUUCCAAUGCUUGGUUUGCCAUAAUGUUAAUAUGCUUGUAAAUGAGAUUGCCCCCAUAGCUCUCUCACAGUUUGGAGACUUUGCAUAUAUCCAUGUUGAGCAUGUUCCCAUGUUUACUCCGCAUAUUCACCACAUCUACUAUGGUAAAUUUCUUAAUGCUAAUGGUGAUGUGCAAAAGAAAUGGACCAUCAUGAUGGAUGAUGUGUUCAUAUACCAUGCACACACGUUCUUUGCUUUGCCUAUUGUGUGUGUAGGUACACGGAAGACAAGGUCAACCUCGAUUGAGCACGAGUUGACCAAACGAGCUCUUGAGAGCAUGAUACAAGUGAGCUCCAAUGAGUGGUUUCGCCCACACACUUUGACUACACAAGAUCUCUCAAUGAGAGCACAACGACACUUCGAUAAGGUGACCUCCUUCAACUUGCGCUCUCUUGCUAUACCCAUGGAACUUCGGCUACUCUUUGAGUGUUGCGUUGCUUGUCUUGUGCUAUUGAUAGGGUUCAUGAUAAGUGAUGCCACAUUCAAGAGUUGUUGUCAUCUCCCACCUCUACCCGUUCAUGAUGAGUUAUCGUCGAGGUCGACUCUUUUUCAAGUGGGGGAGAUGAUGUAGCCCGACCUUCGGUCUUCGCCACAUCAUAUGCAUCGACGCCGACAUGUCACGCAAAGGUGAAUCUUCCCCUUUAUGCGUGCGUACAAUUACCUAUGUGGAAUGGUAUGCUACUUCAUCCUCCGUCAUAUGACCAUGAUAGGAAUACAUCGCCAAGUACGGAGGAAGUGGAGGAUGCCAUGGAUGCUCGAGGACUCAAGGCCGAGGUCGUGAAAGCAUGGAAGAAGCUCCAGGCGCAGCUACACCGGAGUCGCCGGCCUCGCCAACUCACAACGGAGUCUCUGGCCCAUGAAGAUCAAGACCGGAGUCUCCGGCCUACAUACACGAGAGUCUCCGGACUAUGUGAAGCGCUAGCCACAAGUCAAUUAGGGCCAAGGCCCAUGUACCCCCUUCUAUGCCUAAACUACCCCUCCUUAGUGGCUCCCUAUAUAUAGGCUCCCACCUCCCCCUUCAUUAGGUAAGAGUUGAUGAACUAGAACUAGGCUCAUGCCUCCACCAUCCCUUUGGGAUUAGGGAAACCCCCUCCUUAGAUUACCAUAAUCUAUUGUACAAGGCACUCCUUAUAUGAUUAGUCUCUCACACUUGUGAUUCUA